AUGCAGGUACUGUCCGUGGUGCAGACUCUGCCUCAGCGGAUACUGUCCGUGGCACUGAAUUCGCAUCUGCAGGCGCUGUCCGUGGUGCUGAAUCCGCCUCAGCAGGUACUGUUCGUGGUGCUCAAUUCACAUCUGCGGGCGCCAUCCGCGGUGCUGAAUCCGCCUCGGCAGGCGCUGUCCGUGGCGCUGAGUCCGCCUCAGCAGGUACUGUUCCUGGUGCUGAAUCCACCUCUGCGGGAACUGUCCGUGCUGCUGAAUCUGUCUCAGCAGAAUGUGUCUUCCUCUUUUUCCACCUCCUGUCAGUUACAGGGACAGUUUCAUGUUAAUAGGAUCCAUAAAACUGGAGAUGUGGUUCUAGGUGGAUUGUUCGCAGUCCACUUCUUCUCUGUUUUACCUGAACUUUCUUUCACAUCAGAGCGACAGGAACCUAUCUGCCAUGGUUUUAAUGUUUUAGGAUUCAGGCAGUUCCAGACCAUGGCCUUUGCAAUUGAUGAGAUCAACAGGAACUCAAACCUUCUACCUAAUGUGACUCUUGGAUACAGUUUGUAUGAUAGCUGUGCCAUACUUGGAGUUGCAUUUCGUGCUGUAUUGUCAAUGAUGAGUGGUCAAGGGGAUCAAUUCUUAUUGGACAAUAACUGUACAGCCCCCCCUCCUGUGCUGGGGAUUGUGGGUGAUUCUUCCUCAACCCGUUCUAUUGCAAUCUCUGCUGUCUUAGGUUUGUACAGAGUACCAAUGGUGAGUUAUUUUGCCACAUGUUCUUGCCUGAGUGACCGGCAACGGUUUCCAUCCUUCUUUAGAACGAUCCCAAGUGAUGCCUUCCAGGUUCGUGCAAUGCUCCAGAUUCUGAAGCGGUUCGGCUGGACUUGGGUGGGCCUGCUGAUCAGUGAUAAUGACUAUGGACUCAAUGCUGCCCGAUCCCUCCAGUCUGACCUGGCUCAGUCUGGUGGAGGGUGUCUGGCAUAUUUAGAGGUUUUGCCCUGGAGUUAUGACCCAGCUGAACAUAGGAGGAUUGUGAAUGUGAUGAAGAAAUCCACAGCUCGUGUGGUCAUUGGAUUUGCACAUGAGAAUCAAAUGAUUCAUGUGAUGGAAGAGGUGGUAAAGCAGAAUGUGACAGGUCUGCAGUGGAUAGCCAGUGAAGCCUGGACAGCAGCCACUAGGAUGCAGACACCCGACCUCAUGCCAUACCUGGGGGGCACUCUGGGUAUUGCCAUCCGUCGAGGAGAGAUACCAGGACUCAGGGACUUCCUGUUAAGAAUAAGUCCUGACAGUGACCCUAACAACAACUAUAACAAUAACAUAGUGAGGCAGUUUUGGGAGCACACUUUUCAGUGUCAUUUCUCACCACCUCCAGCAGGGUGGUUGGAUACUGGGGGAGCACUGUGCACUGGACAGGAAGAUCUGGAGAAUGUGGCGACCACCUUUUUGGAUAUGUCAGACCUCAGGCCAGAGUACAAUGUGUACAAGGCUGUGUAUGCCCUGGCAUACGCACUUGAUGACAUGUUGCAGUGUGUGCCUGGCAGUGGGCCUUUCAGCGGGCACAGCUGUGCCAGUUUACAGAAACUGCAGCCAUGGCAGCUUUUGUAUUACUUGGAAAGGAUCAACUUCACCACAGCAUUUGGUGAUCAAGUGUCAUUUGAUGAGAAUGGUGAUGCCUUACCAAUCUAUGAUGUGAUGAACUGGCACUGGCUCCCUGAUGGGAGCACAACAGUUCAGACUGUGGGUGUUGUUAAGAAGUCAGCCUCCAUGGGUGAAGAGCUCACACUGGAUGAAGACAGGAUCUUCUGGAAUUUUGAGUCCAAAAAGCCGCCCCGGUCAGUGUGCAGUGAGAGCUGCCCACCUGGCACCCGCAUUGCAAGAAGGAAAGGCGAACCUGUGUGCUGUUUUGACUGCAUCCCUUGUUCUGAUGGGAAGUCCAGCAAUGGGACUGACUCCAUGGAGUGCAUCAGUUGUCCAGAGGACUUCUGGUCCAGCCCCCAGCGUGACCACUGCAUCCCCAAAAGAAUAGAGUUCCUCUCCUACCACGAGCCCUUGGGUAUCUGCUUGACAACUGCCUCAUUACUAGGCACACUCAUCUGCACCAUUGUGCUGGGAGUCUUCAUCUAUCAUCGCACCACUCCCAUAGUGAGUUACUUUGCCACAUGUUCCUGCCUGAGUGACCGGCAACGGUUUCCAUCCUUCUUUAGAACAAUCCCAAGUGAUGCCUUCCAGGUGGUAAAGCAGAAUGUGACAGGUCUGCAGUGGAUAGCCAGUGAAGCCUGGACAGCAGCCACUGUUCUGCAGACACCCAACCUCAUGCCAUAUCUGGGGGGCACUCUGGGUAUUGCCAUCCGUCGAGGAGAGAUACCAGGACUCAGGGACUUCCUGUUAAGAAUAAGUCCUGACAGUGACCCUAACAACAACUAUAACAAUAACUUAGUGAGGCAGUUUUGGGAAUACACCUUUCAGUGUCGAUUCUCACCACCUCCAGCAGGGUGGUUGGAUACUGGGGGAGCACUGUGCACUGGACAGGAAGAUCUGGAGAAUGUGGCGACCACCUUUUUGGAUAUGUCAGACCUCAGGCCAGAGUACAAUGUGUACAAGGCUGUGUAUGCCCUGGCAUACGCCCUUGAUGACAUGUUGCAGUGUGUGCCAGGCAGAGGGCCUUUCAGCGGGCACAGCUGUGCCAGUUUACAGAAACUGCAGCCAUGGCAGCUUGUGUUUUACUUGGAAAGGAUUAACUUCACCACAGCAUUUGGUGAUCAAGUGUCAUUUGAUGAGAAUGGUGAUGCCUUACCAAUCUAUGAUGUGAUGAACUGGCACUGGCUCCCUGAUGGGAGCACAACAGUUCAGACUGUGGGUGUUGUUAAGAAGUCUGCCUCCACAGGUGAAGAGCUCACACUGGAUGAAGACAGGAUCUUCUGGAAUUUUGAACCCAAAAAGCCGCCCCGGUCAGUGUGCAGUGAGAGCUGCCCACCAGGCACCCGCAUUGCCAGAAGGAAAGGAGAACCUGUAUGCUGUUUUGACUGCAUCCCUUGUUCUGACGGAAAGAUCAGCAAUGAGACUGACUCCAUGGAGUGCAUCAGCUGUCCAGAGGACUUCUGGUCCAGCCCCCAGCGUGACUACUGCAUCCCCAAAAGAAUAGAGUUCCUCUCCUACCACGAGCCCCUGGGUAUUUGCUUGACAACCACCUCAUUGCUAGGCACACUUAUCUGCACCAUUGUGCUGGGAGUCUUCAUCUACCAUCGCAGCACUCCCAUAGUACGUGCCAACAACUCAGAACUGAGCUUCCAGCUCUUGUUGUCACUCAAACUAUGCUUCCUGUGCUCGCUGCUGUUCAUUGGCCAUCCCAGGUUAUGGACAUGCCAGCUGAGACAUGCAGCAUUUGGGAUAAGCUUUGUGCUGUGUGUCUCAUGUAUCCUGGUGAAAACCAUGGUGGUGUUGGCUGUAUUCAAGGCCUCUAAACCUGGAGGUGGAGCCAGUCUCAAAUGGUUUGGUGCUGUGCAGCAAAGAGGGACAGUUUUGGUUCUUACUUCCAUUCAGGCAGCAGUCUGCACAGCCUGGCUUGUCUCUUCCUCACCAGCUCCUCAUAAAAACACACAAUACCACAGUGACAAGAUAGUCUAUGAGUGUGUCAUAGGGUCCACGGUUGGUUUUGCAGUCUUAUUGGGCUAUAUUGGCUUUCUGGCUAUCGUCAGCUUCCUCCUAGCAUUCCUGGCAAGGAAUCUUCCAGACAACUUCAAUGAGGCCAAGCUCAUCACGUUCAGCAUGCUGAUCUUCUGUGCUGUGUGGGUUGCCUUUAUCCCUGCUUAUAUCAACUCCCCAGGAAAAUAUGCAGAUGCUGUGGAGGUAUUUGCCAUCCUGGCUUCCAGCUUUGGCCUCUUGGUGGCACUGUUUGGACAAAAAUGUUAUAUAAUCCUGCUGAGACCUGAGAGGAACACCAAGAAAGCUAUCAUGGGUCGAGGCCCCAGCAAGUACAACACUUCAGAAUAUCAGUAA